ACAGAAUUCUUGAAACGGCGUCAAUUCUUCAAUUCCGUUGGUGUCAUCGCUAACCGCAGUCAGCGUCAAGCGUCAGUGUAGUUAAACAAAGCGCCAUCCGCUUUAUAUUCUCCAGUCCUUUCUCCAUUGUUCGGCGUGCAGAACGGUGAUGGAGGAGAUUCUUCGAAAACCGACGGUGGAGGUGCCGUCGUGGUCGCCGUUCGACGAUCAUUUGAACGGAAUGGAGUUGCACCUGCCGGUUAGCGGAAUAUCCGGCGAGUAUUUACUGACGGAAGCGGCGCUUGCUGAACUUCAGUGCUAUCUUCCCCUUAACGAAGUGAUGGCGGAAGCCGACGAGAUGGAAGAACUGACCGACCUUCCGGUUGACAAAUACUCCUCCGAUGAGUUCCGGAUGUACGAGUUCAAGAUCCGGCGGUGUACGCGGAGCCGGUCGCACGACUGGACCGAAUGCCCGUACGCUCAUCCCGGCGAGAAAGCUCGCCGCCGGGAUCCGAGAAAUCACCAGUAUUCUGGCGUGGCGUGCCCUGAUUUUCGAAAGGGGAAUUGUAAGAAGGGCGAUACAUGUGAGUUCGCGCAUGGAGUUUUCGAGUGUUGGCUUCAUCCGGCGAGGUACCGUACCCAGCACUGCAAAGACGGUACGGCUUGUCGCCGGCGGGUAUGCUUCUUCGCGCACACGCCGGAGCAGCUCCGAGUUCUGCCGAUUCAGUUACAGCAGAUUUCCCGAGCGAUUGAUUCUUAUGACGGGUCGCCGCAGAGGAACCAAACACUAGAUGCGUAUUUCCCAAAGGGGGUGAUCCCAUCCUCGCCAACAUCGACUCUGAUCUCGCCGCCGAUGUCGUCGCCGGCGAGCUCGCCGCCCGUGUCGCCCAGUGGGGUGCGGAUUCGUCGGGCGACGUGGCAGAUGGGGUCCGCGGUGAACGAGGUAAUAGCGUCGCUUGGUAAGCUGCAUUUGAGGAAGAUUGGGGGUGGGCUGAGUGCUUCCGUUGUUGGGUUUAGGCCCAUGUUCUGUAGUUUGCCUAGUUCUCCGCCUCCGGCGGCGACGGCCGCCGUCGGUCGUGGAUGGCUGGAUGUAGAGAGGGUUCGGGAGAAGGACGAGGUCGUGGCAUGGGUGGAGUCCGGGCGACCUCUUCGGGCUAAGAUGUAUGAGAGGAUGAGCAAGGAGAGCGGGUUGACCCGGCCCGAAACCGGCCCGACGUUGGCGUCUGAUCCGGACUUUGGGUGGGUUUCCGAGCUCAUCAAGUGAGCAGAGAGAAGCAGGAUAAUUCAAAGAAGCGCGCGUGCUGUUAUGGUAUUUUUGUAAAUACGCGAAUGAUUUUAUUUGGAUCUGACGGCCCAUAAAGCUGUAGAUGGUGGGGCGUUGAUGUUAUCGAUUUUUAACUACCAUUAUAGUGUUUAUGAGUUAUUCGAGUGAAGAGAUGUGUAUCGUUUUAGUUAUGUUCUAUCGUAUUAAUUAUAUUUUGGCUAUUUGCUUUAAAUAUUUUAUAUGUAAUUAUCGGGCAAUUAUUUCUUGAAAUUAAAUGUAAAUCAUGCUUUUAUUUA